CUAACUUGUGAUUUUUCUUUGUUGUUUGUCAAGAUUGGAUUUUUCUUUAGGUCCGACGUGAUUAACGUUGCCCCUAUGGAGUUUGUGCUUCGUGAUCCUAUCCACUGCUUUCGUUCCACGUGGGUUGAAGCAUACAGACGACUUCCAUGGGUGACGAGAAGUAAUUUCUGAGUCUGGUUCGGAAUCCGGAGUACGCUUCGACGCUGCAAUUAUUGAUGUCGCUGUCGCUGUCACUUCUGAUGAAUUGAAGAUAUAAUAAUAAAAACCCAUGUGAGUACGACGCCUGUUCAAAUACAGCAUUAUCCAUUCCAAGGCUAUCUCUGCUCUCCGCGACGCUGCAGUUUUGUGUACUGGAUGAGGAUCGAGGGUUUGUCGUUUGAUUCCGUUAACUUGAUCCUCCUAUGAGUGGUCGGCAGAUGGAAGAUAAUCGGGAAGACGAUGGGAGCACAAUCCGGCGACAAGGUGGUGAUGAGGAUGAUGAUCCUGAAAUCAACGCGCCGCUGCUGAAAAGAACGCCGACGCUGUCUUCGAUUCCGUAUGCCGUUGUUGGAGCAAAGUUUCCUCUGUGAUUUCUGCCAGUCCGAGAAGUUAACUUGCGAUUCAUCCAGGAUUAACGAGAAUGAUCUGUUCAAGCAAGACUGGAGAAGCAGGUCAAAACAGCAAGUGUUGCAGUACGUCUUCCUGAAAUGGUUGCUGGCGUUCCUUGUAGGGCUUCUGACCGGACUUACAGCUACUUUGAUCAAUCUCGCGAUUGAGAAUAUUGCAGGAUACAAAAUCCUCCUCGCGUUGGAUUUCAUCGAGCAGGAAAGAUACAUAGCAGGAUUGAUGUUCAUGGUUGGUGUGAAUUUUGCACUGACGCUUGGAGCAGCUUUCCUCUGUGUUUGGUUUGCACCUACAGCUGCAGGCCCCGGAAUUCCCGAAAUCAAAGCCUACCUGAAUGGAGUAGAUACCCCUGAUAUGUUCGGUGCAAAUGCAUUGAUUGUCAAGAUUAUUGGAAGUAUUGGAGCUGUGUCUGCAGGAUUAGAUCUUGGGAAGGAAGGGCCCUUGGUGCACAUUGGGGCCUGCUAUGCAUCCCUUUUAGGGCAAGGAGGGACUGAUAAUUACCGCAUUCGAUGGCGAUGGCUAAGGUACUUCAACAAUGACAGGGAUCGACGCGAUCUAAUCACGUGUGGCUCUUCAGCUGGAGUCUGUGCUGCUUUCCGAUCUCCAGUCGGCGGAGUUCUUUUCGCACUUGAGGAGGUCGCAACAUGGUGGAGAAGUGCACUUCUCUGGAGAUCCUUUUUCUGUACAGCAGUUGUGGUUGUAAUUCUCAGAACCUUCAUGGAGUAUUGCAAGUUUGGGAACUGUGGAUUGUUUGGGGAAGGAGGGCUGAUCAUCUUUGACGUUAGUGGGGUUUCGGUGCAUUACCAUGCCGUGGAUAUCAUCCCUAUUGCUGCGAUCGGAGUGGUCGGCGGGGUGCUCGGGAGCCUUUACAAUCAUCUGCUGCACAAGGUCUUGAAGGUCUACAACAUCAUAAAUGAGAAGGGGAAGCUGCAUAAACUUCUUCUCAGCCUGAGUGUAUCCAUUUUCACUUCUAUAUGUCUCUAUGGACUUCCAUUCCUUGCAGAGUGCAGACCCUGUGAUUCAGGAACAACCACAGACGCUGUGUGUCCCACAACCGGAAGGGCGGGAAAUUUCAAGAAGUUCAACUGCCCGGAAGGUUAUUACAACGAUCUGGCUUCUCUUCUCCUCUCAACGAACGAUGAUGCUGUCCGGAACAUCUUCUCAAUCAACACGCCAAUGGAGUUUGGUUAUUUCUCCCUUACCAUCUUCUUUCUACUGUAUUAUAUAUUGGGACUAAUAACCUUCGGCAUUGCUGUCCCGUCCGGGCUCUUCCUUCCCAUCAUUCUCAUGGGCUCGGCUUAUGGUCGCCUUCUCGGCAUUCUCAUGGGACCCUACACGAAAAUGGAUCAGGGACUUUGUGCUGUUCUUGGGGCAGCCUCUCUUAUGGCUGGUUCAAUGAGAAUGACCAUUUCUCUCUGCGCGAUAUUUCUGGAGCUUACGAACAACCUUCUCUUGCUUCCAAUCAUGAUGCUCGCCGUUGUGGUCGCUAAAACAGUUGGAGACUGCUUCAACCCGAGCAUAUACGAUAUAAUACUUGAACUGAAAGGAUUGCCUUUCUUGGAUGCACAUCCUGAGCCAUGGAUGAGGAAUAUUACAGUAGGUGAACUUGCUGAUGCCAAGCCGGUUGUUGUUAGCCUACACAGGGUCGAAAAGGUGCGUUGUAUUGUACAGGCCCUGAAAGAUACGACGCACAAUGGUUUCCCGGUUGUGGAUACAGAAGUGGCUCGCGGCUCGCCUGCAAGGGCAUUACAUGGUGUAGUGCUGAGAAAACAUCUCAUUUUAGCUCUGAAGAAGAAGUGGUUCUUGCAAGAAAAGCGACCAACGGAGGAAUGGGAAGUGAAGGAAAAAUUUAGCUGGAUUGAUUUGGCCGAAAGAGGAGGGAAGAUCGAAGAGGUAACCGUGACGAAUGAUGAAAUGGAGAUGUAUGUUGAUUUGCAUCCGUUGACGAAUACAACCCCACAUACGGUGCUCGAAAGCAUAUCUGUGGCGAAAGCCUUGGUGCAGUUUAGGGAAGUUGGGCUACGCCAUAUGCUUGUUCUCCCGAAGUAUCAGGCGCCAGGCGUGCCUCCGGUGGUCGGAAUAUUGACAAGACAGGACUUGAGAGCUCACAACAUAUUGAGUGCAUUCCCCGAACUGGACAAACACACCGGGCGUAAAAUGGGUCGAUAAUUCGAAAUAUUCUUGAAGCAAUCUUUUAAGAAUUUCUUGUUUCUCAGCUACACGAUUCAUUCUUCUCCGCAGCAUUCAUGAUUAUAUACCGUAUGAUAAUGGCGAGUAGCUCCACGAUGCGAUUUACAUGUACAUCAGUUUGUUGUAAUGAAACUGUUCCUUCAAUAGAAACUGCAAAUUCUAUUUCACUUGGACAAGAGCCUGUUUCUUCGAAUACCUUCUGGUGUAGGUUAUCAGCAACGUCGACCCAAAGUCUGCGCCGAAGAAGGAACAGGAACUGUCUGUUCUAACCUUGCCGAGGCUGCGAUUCUAAGUAUCGAUUCAAUCAGGUAAUCCCAAAUCAAUCUUGAUUUUGGUUUCUGAAAAAGGAUAUUAUUUGAUUGUAGACUAUGUCUUUUGCUGUAACUCCCAUAAUGAAGUCAGCAUGAGCAUAGCUCUGGAUGUACUGGACAUGAAGCUUAUCGACAUCGUGCAGUUUAAGAUCGUCGAGCAGCGUAGCUACAUCCUUGUCAUCGGACAGCGCAUCUUGUCCUCCAUAGCAUAGAAAGAGGGGAAGAUCGCGGGGAAUCUUAGAUAGAUCAUACACAGGAGGCUUCGAUUCCCCAUAGUGCUCCAUAUUGAAGUCGGGAUCGCCAUAGUCGUACAUAGACAGGACUCCGUCUCGAGCAGCUGCAAAAGUUCGAUCAGCAUCCAGUUAUUCAGGAACAAUUCGACCGUAGAUGAAUUGAGACAGCAGUUCUUUCCUGCAACGUUCUUACCAAAGGUUAAGGUAACGCGAUCCACGUUCGCAGAAACAUAAUGAAAGAGACGAGAUUCAUUAAGUACCCGUGAGCGCAGUGAUCAAGUCGUAGCAGUCUAGUUCAGAAUCCGCACACAAGGCUUUUAAGAAAUCGGCAACUGGCUCUCUGUCGAACAGCAAUGCAACAUGACAUUUAACUUUUCAGAGUAUAUGAUGUUAGAAAUAGGAUACAUCCGGUUCUGACAAAGCUGUAAUGACGAACAAGCGUCAAGUAAAGUUUAUUGCGUACUUCGCCAACAAAGGCUCUGGCAGUCAAUACACCAAGAGCAGUCGUCAUAUGACUAAGGUACGCAAUCGGGCUUAACAGAACUGCCGAUCUAAUCUUGUCGACUUGUUUCCCUUUUGAGAACGACGCCAGUGCUAUUAAAGUCCCCUGUCGAUAAUGUCAGCGAUGAUUCCCGAUCAAGAUAGAAUUACUCAACAUGUCGACGAUGAAUGGCAAGUCGUGGAUCACAAGAUCAUCCCAGCUCCAAUUCCAGUAUUCCUAUGAACAGGGUCAUCGGGAUCUAGGCGAACAUGGCCCCUGCUGAAGCGAGUACCUCUGAUGUUAGAAAUCCACACGUCGAACCCGUCAUCCGCAAGAAUCAUCGCUAGCGAUUGCUCCGGCGGGUUCACAAGCCACGUCAUCCCAUCCUGCAUUCCAAAACCGGCGGCCGGUUGGCAAGCUUCUCUCCGGUCCGGCCGGCCGGAAUUCUUUGCACGCUCACCAUAGCCGUGAAUAGUCACUGCGGAGAAGCAUAUCCCCGGCGCCGCCGCCGCCGGAGCGUCAAAAUCUUGAAGAGGAAAAACUGGUGGUGGCAGUGACAAGCAGAAAAUAAGUAGUAAACUGUUGGUGAAAAUGGAGGUCAUAAUUUAAGGAAUCCCAAGAGAAUUCGAGAGAGGAGCCAUAGAUGGAAGAAGAAGAAGAAGAACAAGUGAGUCUGACAAAUUAAAUAAAUAAAUAAAAUUGAGUGCAAUGAUUGGGUCAGCCAUUUAGACAGACUGGGCAUCUUUUUGGGCUGUUAUUCACAAACAAGGAUUGCUUUUCUGGGCCUUUUUUUAUCUAAAAAAAAAAAAAAAAACAGAUAU